AUGGCUAAGCUCGCUGCAGCUCGCUAUGGCAAGGACAACAUUCGCCUGUACAAGGUGGAGAGGGAUGAAGCUACAAAGACACACACCGUCUACGAGAUGACGGUCUGCGUUUUGCUGGAAGGGGAGAUCGAUGUAUCAUACACCAAAGCCGACAACAGUGUCGUCGUUGCUACCGACUCAAUGAAGAACACCACGUACAUCAUGGCAAAACAAAACCCCGUCCAUCCACCUGAACUUUUCGCGUCCAUUCUCGGCACUCACUUCGUUAAUACGUACAAGCACAUUCACACUGCUCACAUUACUAUCGUCCAACACAGAUGGACUCGAAUGACCAUUGAUGGGAAGCCCCAUCCUCACUCCUUCUUUCGUGAUGGGAACGAGAAGAGACUGGUACAGGCAGACAUCAUUGAGGGCAAGGGUAUUGAAAUCAAGUCGGGCAUUUCCGACCUACUGGUGCUUAAGAGCACAGGCUCUGAGUUCCACCACUUUGUCCGCGACGAGUUCACCACCCUUCCCGAAGUUUGGGAUCGUAUUCUCAGCACAUCGGUCGACGCCAACUGGAAAUGGUCCACCUUCGCUGGUCUCGAUGCGGUAAAGAAGCACGUCGCCAAGUUUGACGAGACUUGGGCCAAAGCUCGAGAAAUCACUUUCCGCCUCUUCGCCCUCGAGGAGAGUCCUAGCGUGCAAAACACCAUGUACAAGAUGGGUGAACAGAUCUUGGCUGCUCAGCCCAUGGUUCAAGCAGUUGACUAUUCGCUGCCGAACAAGCAUUAUUUCGAGAUCGAUCUGAGCUGGCAUCACGGUUUAAAGAACACUGGAAAGGAUGCCGAAGUCUAUGCGCCUCAAUCAGACCCCAAUGGGCUGAUCAAGUGCACUGUGACGCGGGACGACACUGCGUUGUCCUCCAAAUUGUAG